GAAACAUUUAUUUAUGUUAAUAUUUGGAUUGUUUCCACUUUGCGGUUAGAAACAGCUGUAGGGUUCAUGGUGUUGUUUUAAGCCGUUUACAAAAUCGGUGUUCUAAUUUUUAAAAUUUGUAAACAAAGAAAUGACACUUUAAGCGAUUCCUCUAAUAAUGUCGUUGAAGCUUCGUGGUGAUUUCAAAAUAACAUUUUUUGUUAUGUUGUAUAUAUGUAGCAAAUAAGUAGUAAGGUUCGUAACAUAAACACAUUUUUUUCGCACAAUUUUGGGAGUCACGGUAAAUAUAUAUAUAUGUGAAUUUGCAAUGACUGUAUGUAUGUACAUUUGUACAUAAACUAAAACUGCAUAGACAUUUAGGUUUAAGUGUGGUCAAUCAUUUGCUGACGCAGAAGCCCUAACUCCAAUUAGCGAUCAGAGCCAAACAACAGCAGAGAUAAAUAAGCAUUUAUAAGUAUGCUAAUAAUAUGACAUCAGUAUUUAAUACAAUUAUGUGGCUUUGCCUAUUUGUUGUUGCUGUUAAAACGUGCAUUGCACUUGCUUAUGAUCCAAACGAUACAAAAAUCGCUUCAGUUAUUCCACCUGAAGGUUUUUUCGAGGCAUUUUACCCGAGAGAAAUGGAUGGUGUGCCCAACAGUGCUUCCCGUCCCGCUCAUGCGCACGGCAGUUUCUUUAAGCAUCGCAAUCCAGCUUUGGUGGACACAAAGAAUGCUGCAGCUUACGGAUAUCGUUUCGAUGGUAAAAGGCGUUUCAAUUUAAAGUAAAGAAGUUAAAUAAUAAUUACAUUAUGUGUGUUUCUUAUGGUUUUUAUGAAAAUUCAAUAAAAUAUAAAAUUAAUAAUAUAAAUAUGUAUAUCCAAUGGAGUAGGUUAGGCUUUGUUUACCAGCUUUUUAAGUUAAAAUACAUAUGUUCAUAUGUAUGGUAAAUACAUUAGUGUAUAUUAAUCCAUUAAAAUUACCAAUUGCUUUUCUACAAUUGAAAACAUCUCAUACAAUCAAACCGAAAUCACUCUACAAGAGUACCCAUAAUGAAUU